GUUUCCAGGGUCUUGAAGAGGAUGGAGGGAGGGCCAGGGUGUUGGUCUCCCAUGAUUGUUGUGGUCAUGAGGGACAAGAAGCUGCAGGUUCAGGUGAAGGUGGUGUGCACCAUGAAUUGAUCCGACUCGGGCAGUACAGGCUGUUACGGAAGAGAGAUGCUGUGGCUACAGAAAUCACAGCCCCCUCCAAAGGACACCAUGAAAUGGGAGCAGAUAUGCAUGACUUCGAAAGGACUAUUGAGCUGCCAGAUAUACGCCAGCCUCACCUUGUCACUGGUGAUUGAGACCACCUUAACUCUUGGCUACUUCCGAUUCGUCCUGGAAGCGCCCACGGAAGAAAAGACGAGCCAGAUCCCUGCACCAAGCCUUCUCGGGGUAACAAUGAUAGCACUUACUUUCGGGGUUUGCUAUGCGAUCCGUGAAAGAAAAUAAUUGAAAACAAGAUAAUCAGACUUUCAUGACUUCUCCCAAUUUUACUGAUAAUUUGGAUGGGUACGACUGCUAUAGUUAUACUUACGAG